AUGACUCCCUUACCUCCCUUACAAAUAUCUUUGUGUAAUAUAUCUUUGCAAUUCAUAUUCAUUUUAAUUCUUUUAACCUUUAUACUCGUUAUUAGCUCUUUAUAUUUGUUUUUUUCGCCACCUACCACUAUACCUAUUAUUCCCGAAGAUAUCGAAGAUAAACAUAUUCCGGAUGAAGUUAAAGAAGCCGGUUUUGUCUCUUUUCUUCGUAAAAAACAUCUUGAAUAUGGAUGGAUCGUACCGGGAUUACCUCUAAAAAAUACUAUAUCUAUUAUUGAUCCUACGGCGAUUAAAUCAAGUCUUCACGUUGGUGAUAGACCUAAACAUCUGUAUCAAUUUCUAGAACCCGUUUGGGGUAAAGAUAAUUUACAAGUUUUAAGUGCUAAAAGGGCAAGUAAAUAUAGGAAAUUGUUCAGACCCGCCCUAACUGUUGGUGCCUUCGCUGACCAGUAUAAUGAUAUCAGAAACCUUGGAGUGGAAAUGAUUGAUAAAUGGGAAAAAAACAUUGUCUUUAAGCAUGAAAAUGUGAUCAGAAUGCAAGAUCAAAGUCUCGAAUUUUCUUUAAAGGCAACCAUUAAAGCUUUAACCAGGCAAGCGAUUUUAUCAAUUGAUUAUGCCGAUUUGCCUCAAGAUUUUGAUUUGAGAUUUUAUAAAAAAGCUUACGAGGAUGUUAUUGGUGGUUUAUUUGACAAGCAAUUUAGUGUGAUUAAUGAUUUACGUAACGAACGAAUUCAUAAUUCUCUAAAACAAUUGUUUGAGGUUUUGUGCUCGUUAAUUGACGAAAGGAAAGGAAAUGUUGAUAAUUUGGAAGGUAUAGAUUUACUUGGUCUGUUGGUCUCGGAGAAAGAUCCAGAAACCGGUAAUACAUUCGAUGAUGAUAAGAUCAGGAGUAUGAUGUCCAUUUUCUUAACUUUUGGAUACCUUACUACUGGAGUUGCCAUUUCUUGGACAAUUUUUUGCAUAACACAAGAUCGUGAUGUCCAAAUUAAAAUUCAAAAUGAGAUCAAUCGCGUUUUGAAAGGACGACUGCCAUCACUUUCUGACUUGUCGAACCUUUGUUACCUUACUCAAGUAAUCAAAGAAUCGUUGAGAUUAUAUCCACCAACACCAUUUCUUUCACGUUAUCUCACGAAAAAAAUGAAUCUAAAAGCAACCAAGGAUUCAUUUAAACUCCUUGCAGGCACGACAAUACUUUAUCCCAUCACAUCAAUUCAUGAGGAUGAACACCUCUUCCAUAAUUCAAAAAAGUUUGAUCCAUCGCGUUUUUCAUCGGAUCAAUUUAAGAAAACGGAACCAUUUAGCCAUUGUCCAUUUGGAUUUGGUAAUAGGGUUUGUCCUGCAGAAGAAGUAGCUAUGGUUGAAAUAAAAUUAAUGUUGUGCCUUAUUAUGCAAAGGUUUCAUGUGGAACUAGCUAUGCCAUUGAAUAAAGUUGUAGGAAAUGAAAAAUUCGUUUUAAUGGCAAGAAAUGACAUUUAUGUUAAGUUGGUACCAAGGGAAGAUAUUGAAGAGUGA